UUUGUUUUUCCUUAAAAUGAUUUUUUUCUUGCAUUGGUCUAGAAUUUCUGAGUUUUUAUAUGUGUAUUUUAACUUCUUUAGUGUGAAUUCUUCAGUUUGUCUAUUUUGCACUAGACCUGCUCGACGAAAUGCCCGAGAGAAACAAAUUAAGUGAAACUAUAUGAUUUCAUGUUUUUUGUUUUUGUUAUUUUUGUUUAAAUAAUUCUUUGUUGCAUUGAUUUCAGGUUGCCUAUGUAUAUAUAGAAUUUUUUUAGUAUAAAUUAGUAAUUUUGUUUUGCAGUAGAGAUACUUGAUGAAAUGCCUGAGAGAAAGGAAAAUUUCAUUAAGCUUUGGUGAUGGCGAGCGAUGAGGAGGUGAAGAAGGGCCAGAUUGUAGAGGCGCGGGCGAGGAACAUUAGCCACAAUGUUCGUUGCACUGAGUGUGGGAGCCAAUCGAUUGAGGAUUCCCAGGCUGAUGUUGCUAUUCUUCUCCGCAAGCUGAUUCGAGAUGAAAUCAGAGCUGGUAAAAGCGAUAAAGAAAUCUACAAAAAACUAGAGGAAGAUUUCGGCGAGACAGUACUUUAUGCCCCUCAUUUCGAUCUCCAAACAGCAGCCUUGUGGCUAUCACCAGUCAUAGUUGCGGGAGCGGCCGCUGGGGUGUGGGCAUAUCAGAGGCAUAGGCAAAAGACAAACGUGCACAUCCUGGCUCUCAACCUUGUAAGAGGAGUUCCGUUGACUCCAAAAGAGAAGCAAACAAUGCUCGAACUCCUCACGCCACCACCCACCCCCGGGAAUAAGUGGUGGUGGAGGCAAUGAUCUCUUCGUCGGCUUUCUCUUAAUCAUGUGUUUUUUUGUGUGUGUUUGAGUUCAGUCUUAGAUUGAUUUUGUGAGUAGGCAACUGUGAAGAAUGUUUUGUUAGUCUGUCUGCUAAUUUGUGAGCUUGAAUUAUAGCUUAUGCCAUCAGUGAAUAACAGCUUAGGCCAAUGACCAAAUGUUGAAUCGGGGUUUAUAAACAAGUAAAGUGAAUUAUAACUAAUGCCAACGAUCAAGUGGUCUAUUGGUAUUUGAGAAUGACAU